AAGAUUUUUCAUGACAGCUGGGUUGUUGAUUUACGAAUCUGAAAUGAAGUCCCUUUUUUCGCGAUUCAGCGUAAUUUGGUAGUGUUUUGUGAAAUUUUGCAAUUUUUGAGAACGCAAAUUCACAGCUUUCUACUGGACAUAGUUAAAAUGUGUGACUCCGAUAAUGAGGCAUUUGAAAGUGCGGAUGAAGAUUUUGAGGAAGUGAAAACAACGCAGGAAGUUGGCAAGUUGGAUCCACCACCUCCAGCUACAAAGUCUGACGUGGAGCCAAUCAGCAGGAGCGACAAGCCUCACACUGAGAAACUGACCGCAGAUAAAAGUGCUGUUGCCCUUGAGUUUUCGGAUGAUUCCAAAGAAAAUAGUAAGACAGGAAUUCGAAAAAUUAUUAAACCAGACAAGGAUAGGCUGAACGAAGCUAAGCUGGUCGUAGAAAAAACGGAUGCUGCGAAGGAGCAACCUGUGGAAGGUCAAGGUGGAACUGGUGAUGGGUGGGAUGAUUUCGACGACGAUUGGGGAGAUUUCAGUGUGGAAUCAGGUUCAGGUGUUAAAAAAUCUGUAGAUGAUUCAGAAAAAGCGAAAACACGAACCAGUUAUAAAGAUGUAGAUAUUGAUGAAGUGGAAAACAAGCUUAAGGAUUUCAUGAAGGGUCAAGAUGAUCCACCCGUUAGUUCGAUAUUGGACCGCUUGUCCGGUCAGCAGAACACGGGUAAAUCGAUGCCCACGGGACAGUCAUGGACUGGAUGGAAGCCCAGUUGGGGCGGUGCUGCCGUUUCAUUUCUGUCUUCAGCGUCGAAGAGUGUGGCCUCGAUCACCACUAAUAUUUCGCAGGCUAUUGAAUCAGGCAUCGGUGUACCCACGCCGGAAGAGAUGGCGAAGCGACAAGCGGAAGAAAAAGCAAAACUUGAAGCCGACGGUUACAUUUCGGAUGAGAGUAAACCCAAAGCCGAACCAGUACCAACAACGGAUCGUUUUGGUUUCGAUCAGAUCGUUUCGGGAGUGACUCAAAUCAGUAGUAAAGUUAUAACCGGUGGUUUGGACACGUUAGAAGGAAUCGGCAAGAAAACAAUGACGAUUUUACAAGAAAACGAUCCCGGAUUGUUGAGCAAGCGGAUGAACGAUGGCGUUGUGUUAAGUCAGGUCCUUCGCGAAGCUAAGGAAAAAACAGAAGAGCGCGAAAAAAAUCUAAAACAAGUGCAGAAACAUCUGUACAAGAAGAAACUGCACUUUGAAACGCUGUUCGACGAUUAUCAUGGUCUGGUUCACUUGGAAGCAUUAGAGAUGCUGUCCAAACAAGCUUCCCUUAAAUUAGAUUCUCUAAUGAGUCCUCUCACGGGAAACGCCCUGGAAGACUUGCAGGAAACCAUGAAUGAGGUCAAAGAACUUUGUGAGCUACCCGAUUCAGAAAACGAUGACACGGAUGGUACCCACAGCGUCGAAGAGCUGCACCAAAAACUGAAAGAAGCCGUCACGGAUCUGGACGAAGUGAAAGUUGAUUUCCAAGAUCUGCUCAAGUGUUGGCAGGAGAACCUCGAGUGGAUCGAAACCACCACAAGCGCACGAUCAUCACAGCAAAUCUUCGAAAAGGCGUUGCAUGCCCUUGCCCAAACCACGGCACUCUGUGUACUGCGAAUGCACAAGCUGGCAGAAAUUCUGCUGAUACUCGAACAUCACAGUACGGCCAACGAAGCCGACGCCUUGGUUCAGUUAACCACGGUAUUCUGCUGGCAUUUGAGUGGAGUGGCGGCAAGGUUUUCCGCAGAAUUGAGCAAACUUAAAGCCGACCAUCAACCGCGCCGGUCCGCGGGGGAAGACAGCGAUAGUGCGCUAAUAACGAACAUCUUCUUAGAGGGUUCUAACAGCACUUCUUACGUGCAAAACGCCUUCCAGUUAUUCAUCCCCAUUUUGCAAAUAGGAGCGGCGUAGUUCAUCAUCGAAGAGUAUGAAUUGGGAACAGGACAAGUGUUUUGUCAGUUAAUAUACGAAAGUUUGUUUAUUACUCUUGUGUGUAUAUUCUAACUUAUUAUGCUAGAGAAUAUAUAAAUAUCAUCUGA